UGUUGGCUUUACUAAAUUCAUUUCCAACCAACUCCAUUAUAAUACUAUAUCAAAUUAAAAAAGAAAAAAGGAAAGUACACUACUUCUUCUAAUUGGAAUGAAAAUUAGGUUCUUACCUAUUUUGAUUAAGAUGUAUUGUGGGGUUUCCUUUUAACAUUCUUUCUAGUUUUUUUCACAUAAAUGAUUGAUUCUUGCUUCACUGAGCUCAAAGAUGCUUUCUUUAUUGCUAUGAUUACAAGAUCUCAUUUGGGGUUCUGUUUUUUCUUCUUAAUUUAUCAAAUUCUUGAAAUAGUUUGAGAAAAAAAUGAAUCUUGAUUGUGGAUCCAUGGUGUAUGGAGCUCAAAUGACAUGAUUAAAGAGGAUAAUAAGAUGACAUCAGAAAGAUUAACAGGAGAAGAAUCUCUUCAACAAGACUUGGCGUCUUUAAGCGUGUCGAAAAGGCUAGUCAGAAGUGUGAGCCAAAAGCUGAAAAAGAAGAACCAUAGAAGUGGAGGAGGAGAAGAGGAUGACGACCGGGGUUUCUCCUUGAGAUGUCUAACGCUAUAUGGCAGAGGGGGUGGUUGCAAAGUGGGUGCUGACACUGGUGACGACUUAGGAGAUUCAUGCGGUAAAAGAAGGUCAAAUGCAAGUGAGGAAGGCAAAGGGUAUGCCCCAAUAUGUGGAAAUGAAGAAACCACAGUAGAUUGCUUCUCUUAUGGGAUGAGGGAAAAAUUCUGGAGGAGGACUAAUAGGAAAUCUCAAGAGCUUGAAGCAAACAAAAGCAUGAAUGUGUUCUUGCCAGAUGAUAUUGUUGAAAUGUGCUUAUUGAGGCUUCCGUUUAUAAGUCUCGUGAAUGCUAGGUUAGUGUGCAAGAAAUGGAGAAACAUGACAAUGAUGCCUCGUUUCUGGCGAAUGAGGCAGGAAGGUUCGUUUCAAAAUCCAUGGUUGUUUCUUUUUGGGGUUGUAAAAGAUGGUUGUUGUUCUGCAGAAAUACAUGCAUUGGAUGUUUCCUUCAACCAAUGGCAUAAAAUUAAUUCAGAAGUUCUGAAAGGGAGGUUUUUAUUUUCUGUUGCUGGUAUCCAUGAUGAUGUUUAUGUUGUUGGAGGCUGUUCUAGCCUUACUAACUUUGGGAAAGUUGAUAAGAGCUCAUUCAAGACACAUAAAAGCGUGCUCAUUUUUAGUCCAUUGAUGAGAACGUGGCGUAAAGCUGCACCGAUGAAGCAUGCAAGAUCAUCCCCUAUUUUAGGAACUUAUGAGAUCAGUUCAGAUUGUUUGAUUAUUAGGAACCAACAAACUCGAGACAGAAGAUUUUACCGUCCGAGAGUUGGUGGUGUCUCUGAUGUUUAUGAAGAUCCUCAUAGACUUUCAGUGAGACGCCAAUUUCGACAUUCUCUGGAUGAAAACGAGGUUACAUUCUUGCCCAAUGUGAAACCAUAUAAGUUUAUCAAACAAAAAAGCGAACAUUCAAAUAAAGAUCAAAGACGCUUUCUCUUGAUUGCUGUAGGAGGUCUCGGGUGCUGGGACGAGCCUCUGGAUUCUGGAGAAAUUUAUGAUUCCAUGUCAAAUAAAUGGACAGAGAUCCAGAGGCUGCCUGUGGAUUUCGGAAUAGCUUGUUCAGGGGUCGUGUGCAAUGGAAUGUUUUAUGUUUAUUCAGAAACCGAUAAGAUAGCAGCGUACGACGUUGAGAAGGGUUAUUGGGUUAGAAUCCAAACUAGUCCAUUCCCUACCCGAGUUCAUGAAUACCACCCUAAACUUAUAUGCUGUAAUAGUCGGCUAUUCAUGCUAUCCGUCUCCUGGUGUGAAGGGGAAGGUCAGAUUGGCAGGAGAAACAAAGCAGUAAGAAAGCUUUGGGAGCUUGAUCUUGUUUAUCUCACUUGGAAAGAAGUUUCAACACAUCCAGAUGCCCCAAUGGAUUGGAACGCUGCAUUUAUAGCUGACAAAAACUCUAUAUUUGGAGUCGAAAUGUUCAAAAUAUUCGGGCAGGUGCUAGACUUCUUGACUGUUGGAGAUGUAUCUGAUGCUGGAAUAAACUGGAGCCAUAUCUCAAGAAACCGUCUCCCUCAUGAAUUGGAUGCUGCUUCUUGCUUGACGAAGUCCAUGGCGGCACUGAAUUUGUAACUGAUCAAGAACUCCAACUAGUCACAAUAUGUGCAGUUAUUUUUCCCCCUCUCAUAUUCUUUUGUUAUGGACAGUUUUUACCAUUUGUUGGACGUUUGAUGUUGUUUAACUUAAUCUAUAUUCUUGUUUAUUUCAUUGUUA